GCAUGCCAGCCACAGCCAGCAUGCCAGCCACAGCCAGCAUGCCAGCCCAUGACCAGCUCAGGCCCAGUUUACUACUCACAAAUGCCGCAGUCCGAUUACUCCAAUUGUUUAGACAUUGAGGGCUUCAUAAAGCAGGUGCUGGAAAAGCAACAGUAUUAUAAUUCCAACUCUUUGUCUGGCUGCUCGCCACCGUCUCAGAGUAUAGGUGCUGGCAUGGCCAUGGACUGUGGUCCCAACUCGAAUCCAACACCUUGGUUAAGGUCCGUCAAUGCUUCGCUGCAGGAUCAGACUGUCUACACCGCGGACUAUAAGCCCGUCACUGCGCCGGGCAACAAUUUCAAUCACUUUCCCAAGUGUGACACCUGCGGCGAUCGCGCCAGCUGCGACGGCUGCAGCACCUGCUGCAACUGCUUGAGCUAUGCGCCUCCAGUAAGUUAUUGUGUUCCUGCGCCCUGCAUGAUGAUGCCCCCAUCAACUAGCUACUCGAUGCUUCCAUGUGCUGACUCUGGUCCUGCUGCGCCCAGCAUGCCGUGUAACUAUGUCUGUUCAGCGCCUUGCCCUAUGCCUUGCCCUAUGCCUUGCCCUAUGCCUUGCCCUAUGCCUUGCCCUAUGCCUUGCCCUAUGCCCUGCCCCAUGCCCAAUCCCAUGUCCUGCCCCAUGCCCAAUACCAUGUCCUGCCCCAUGCCCAAUCCGUCUAGCGCAGCUCCUUACAAUGCCUCCUGCUUCGGUGCUCCUUAUGAAAUGCCAAUUGACGGCGACUCCGAUUCGCUGUCACUCAAGAAUUUCGUAAACCAAUCAACCAGCUGUAAUCUCAGCCAAUACUCGAGUUUGAAAUGACCGCCAAGCUGCAACUGUUCGAUUAAUAUAUAUUUAAAUAAUUUUAGAUAAAAGAGAAAAAUAUGUGGUUAAGAAGCUA